AUGUUUGCAAGAUCAUUUGCCUUUACAUGGCUAGGUGCCAUCAGCAUCGCAGCGGCGAGUGGUAUUCAACGACCCCUUGCACUGCCCUCCAUUAAAGCGCAGACGACAUCAUCCGCCCUUCUUGACUUACACAAGUCGCUCAUAGAGAUCUCCUCGAUUUCAGAGUCCGAACGCAAUGUUUCGGACUACUUGGGUGGUUAUCUUCGGAACCGUGGCUUCACCGUAGAGGCACAGCCUGUGAAAGAGGACCGGCAAAAUAUAUUUGCAUACAGCGGUCAAUCGCGCAAAACGCGGGUGCUGGUAACGAGCCACAUUGACACGGUCCCGCCGUAUUGGCCGUACGAGAGAAAGGGCGACGAGAUCUGGGGGCGCGGCUCGGUCGACGCCAAGGGCAGCGUCGCGGCACAAGUUGUCGCCGUGGAAUCGCUCCUCCGGGAUGCAGAGAUAGGCGAUGGCGACGUCGCCUUGCUCUUCGUCGUCGGCGAGGAAAAAAGCGGCGAAGGCAUGCGAGUCGCCAAUGGACUCGGCCUCUCUUGGGAGGCCGUCGUAUUUGGGGAGCCGACUGAGCUGAAGCUUGCGAGCGGGCACAAGGGUGGCGGCGUCUUUACGAUCAAGGCCAAAGGCAAGGCUGGGCAUUCGGGCUACCCCGAACAAGGCACCAAUGCGAUUGAUCUGCUUAUCAAGGGGCUCGCUGCUCUCCAGCAGCUUCAACUACCAUGGAGUGAUGAGUUUGGCAACACCACUCUCAAUGUAGGCACGAUACAAGGCGGUGUAGCAUCAAAUGUGAUCCCGCAAGAUGCUUCGGCCACUGUUUCGUCCAGAGUAGCGGCAGGAAGUGCGGAAGAUCUAGAGAAACUAGUCCGACAAGUAGUCCUUGGUGCAUCGCCAGAUUUGGAGAUUGAUUUUGCCGGCGGCCGCGGUCCUGUUCCUAUUGAUCAUGAUAUCAAAGGCUUCGAGACGGCAGUCAUGAAUUAUGGCACUGAUAUCCCACAUUUGGAUGGUGAUCACAAGAGAUACCUCUAUGGCCCAGGUUCAAUCUUGGUCGCGCAUUCAGAUCACGAGCAUCUGACUGUGAGUGAUCUGGAAGCAGCAGUGGAAGGUUACAAGUUGAUAAUUACGGAGAUUCUGAACAGAGAUUAG